CCUGAUAACCAAAAAACGAAAAAAGUCCACCCCCCCCUCACCAGUAGUACUAUUUACCAUACCACAACAUGGCGUGGGGCUAUUGGAGUGCCACCACAGUGGAUCGUGGUCGUUCGCCACGUCGCAAUACGCAAUGUACACCUUUGCCGGUGAAUUUAAUGCAACAGGACGAGGAUACAACCUGCAAUAAUGCACAAAAUACUACAGUUGCCGCUUCGGCUUCGGCAAAUAAUGCUAAUAGUGGCGGCAAUGGCGGCGUAGCCACUGGCAGUGGCAAUUCUAAUACCUGUCCGAAUACACCAUCUGGCGCACAAGCAAAUCUCUGUUAUAGUCCAACAUGUCGCAGUCGUUGUAGUAGCCCCUGUCCGGGUAGUCCAUGUCCGGGCAGUCCGUGCGGUUCGAUUACACCACCACCGCCGCCUCAAUUAACUUCCUCACAACAGCAUUUGCAUCAACAUUCGAAUAAGAAUUGUCCAGCCGCACAACAAAUACUUAAUUUGGAUGAUUAUCCGUCGCGUCGACAGUCGUUGGACCGAUUGGAUAGUCCACAGUCGAAAUUUUACGGUCUACAGGCCAAUCAGCUGUCGGAUAUUCUAUGUCGUGGCGCUGUAGUCUCAUCGAUACAAUCGGCAAAUAAUACGUUGACGCGUGGCGUUUCGCUGCACAGCCGCAGCGGUAGCGCUCAUGGUAGCAUUCAUGGUGGUAGUCAUCACGGUAGCUACGGUGGCGGCGGACCGGGCAGUGCGCACGGCUCAAUGGGUUGUCUGCAGGGAAGCAUGGGCCACUUGAUGGGCGCUGGAGGCAUCGGCGGCGCUGGUGGCGGUGUUGGCGGCGGCGCAAGCACUAGCGGCAGCGUCGGCAUGCUGUCGGGCGCUAUUGAUACCGGCGACUAUGAUGUACCACAUCCGCAUCCUUAUACGCAUCAUUACAUGCAAACAUCUACAUCGAUAACGCCGCCCCAUUCGACAAUGAGUUUGAUCGGUUCACGACCCGGUUCGGCUGGCGCUUGUCCGGGUCAUGACUCCGGUUCAGACUCGAGUCAAGGCUGCGGCUCCACAAUGGGUGCCGGUGGCGGCGUCGGCGGGAACGUGGGCAUGGGAGGUAUUAACGCUGGCAGCCAUAUGCCGGCGCAUAUGAUCGGUGGUGUAGGAGGCGUUGGCGUUGGCGUUAACAUCGGCAUGGGCAUAGGCAUGAUUGGGCACCAUAGCGUCGUCGGCGGUGGCAGCGGUUCGCUGGGACGUUGUUCCAAUCGCUGCCACAAUACCAUGAAUACAACAACAACCAACACCACCACCACUGACGAUUCCGGCGGUGGCAGUGGUGGUAGUGGUGGCAGUGUUUUUGUCGGCGGCUGUCGCAUGGGCACAUCCAGUGUCGUUGGUGGCAUAAGUGGGGCGGCGGGUGUUGGCAUGAACGUUGUUGGCAUAGGCAUGAGCAUGAUGGGCGGCGGCAUAGUGGAGAAUCCACAUCGCACCAGUCUGCAUGGCAGCGAGGGUAGUGGCUUGAAUGUUUGUGGCAUGGGUGGCGGCGGCGGUGGUGGCGGUAGUGGCAGUGGUGGUAGUGGUGGCGGGCGCAGCAGUACACUCGGCACCAUACACAAUGGGCAUCAUCAUCAUCAGUAUCACCAUGAAUGCAUACACUAUGAGCGUCUACCUAUACCUGUUCCUAUACCGACUGUGCCAACACAACAGCAACAACAUUUGCAUUCGGAGGAGGAAAUCGAACCAGCCUAUGCAACAGUAUUUCCAAAUGUACCUUCUGCACCUGGCAUGUCCUGUGAUGGAGAAGAUCGCAGCAUCUACAGACGUGGCGCACGCAGAUGGCGCAAGUUAUAUCGCGUUAAUGGGCACAUUUUCCAAGCCAAGCGCUUCAAUCGGCGCGCCUUUUGCGCCUACUGUCAAGAUCGUAUCUGGGGCUUGGGUCGGCAAGGUUUCAAGUGUAUUCAAUGCAAAUUGUUGGUGCACAAAAAAUGCCAUAAACUCGUACAGAAGCACUGCACCAACGAACAUGUGGAGCCAUUAGUUAGAGAACGCGACGAUGCCUUCGCCGAACAGUUGCCGGAGGUGUUGCCGCCAUUGCCCGAUUAUGCGUCGCAAGCGAGUGGCAGCGUUCAUGGCAUGGUGGAUCCAUGUGAUCCACUAGCUGCGCUAGAAAUACAACCGCAUGAUGCGCAACAGCAACAACAACAGCAUCAAAAUAUCGAAGAACAAUUGGAGCCGGGCACACAACGGCAAUACUCAAUUAAUGAUUUCGAAUUGAUACGCGUCAUUGGACGUGGCAGCUAUGCCAAGGUGUUAAUGGUCGAGCUGAAGAAUACGGGCCGCAUUUAUGCAAUGAAAGUGAUUAAGAAAGCGCUUGUCACCGAUGACGAGGAUAUUGAUUGGGUGCAAACGGAGAAGCAUGUCUUCGAGACGGCCUCCAAUCAUCCUUUUUUGGUGGGUUUGCAUUCGUGCUUCCAGACACCGUCGCGGCUCUUUUUCGUCAUUGAGUUUGUGCGUGGCGGUGAUCUUAUGUUCCACAUGCAACGACAACGUCGCCUGCCCGAGGAGCAUGCGCGCUUCUAUGCUGCGGAAAUUAGUUUGGCAUUGAAUUUUUUGCAUGAAAAAGGUAUAAUCUACCGCGAUUUGAAGUUAGACAAUGUGCUGUUGGAUCAUGAAGGUCACAUCAAGUUGACCGAUUAUGGCAUGUGUAAGGAGGGCAUACGUCCCGGUGAUACGACCUCCACAUUCUGCGGCACACCCAAUUACAUAGCGCCAGAGAUAUUGCGCGGUGAAGAUUAUGGUUUCUCAGUGGACUGGUGGGCGUUGGGCGUGUUACUGUACGAGAUGUUGGCCGGGCGCAGUCCAUUCGAUAUUGCGGGCGCAUCGGAGAAUCCCGAUCAAAAUACUGAAGAUUAUCUGUUCCAAGUGAUUUUGGAAAAGACCAUACGCAUACCGCGUUCGCUGAGCGUCAAGGCAGCGUCUGUGUUGAAAGGUUUCCUUAACAAAAAUCCAGCUGAUCGUUUGGGCUGUCAUCGGGAGUCCGCUUUCAUGGACAUUGUGAAUCAUCCGUUCUUUAAGAGCAUCGACUGGGAAAUGCUCGAACGCAAGCAAGUUUCGCCACCUUUUAAGCCGCGCCUAGACUCUGAUCGAGAUCUAGCCAAUUUCCCACCCGAAUUCACAGAGGAAGCUGUACAGCUGACGCCGGAUGAUGAUCGCGUUAUUGACAAGAUAGAUCAAUCGGAAUUCGAAGGAUUCGAAUAUGUGAAUCCGCUGCUUAUGUCGCUAGAGGAUUGCGUUUGACACCACGAGACAUGUGAUUUGCAUCCCUAUAAUAUGCGUUUGUAUGGCGAGGACUCCAGUGAUUAUGACUCAGUAGCUGAUGACUUAAGUAUUUUACAAUUGCACGCACCGCCUCCAUCAACCGCUAAUAAUAAUUCGACGAAUCUUCGUUUUCAACAGCAGCAACAGCAACAACACUUACAGCAUCACCAGCAGCAGCAUCAAUUUCCGCCGCUAAAUCAGAACCCCAAUCAUAGUCAGAAUAAUCAUCAUAACGGUAACAAUAAUAAUCAUAAUCAUAAUUCCAAUAAUAAUAAAAGUCUACUGCAGCACAUGUUUUGCCUUCCAUUAAAUUAGAGUAAACAGAAACAAAAUACAACAAAAACAAAAAUGUAAACAAACAGCAAGCGAAUUAAGAAAACUAACGAAAGUUUGAAAUAAUGCAAUUGAAAAUUAGAACAAAAGCAGCUGAAGUUGAAGUGACAAAGUUAUACUAAUAAAACAGUGUAAACAAAACAAUGACAACAGACACAGCAACAACAACAACAACAACAACAACAACAUUACUACAACUACUAUAGCACACUAUCUAUUUGUAUGGCUUUUGCGUGGCAGCAAGUAAGAAUGCGCUGUAAAAGUAGAAAGGUAACGCGUUGCAAGAGAGUGCAAAAUGCAGUCAAAAUUCGUGGUAAAUGUCAUGCAGUAUAUCGCGCAGAGAUCAACAAGUAAUGGAGUUGUAGUAUAACAGCCUUUUAAGUGGAAAUAGCCCUGCUAUUAUAGUUUUAGAAAGAGCGUUUCAAAAACUACUCAGUUAUCCAUAAUCAAUCGCAAUUCUUCACACUCCAUUCUAAGCGAAACAAACUUGUGAUUUGUCUAGGCGGCGAUCCUUCGAAAAUUGCGCUAGAUAAAUUGAAAAGUUAGAGGCAUACUGCCAAAGUUGCUUUGAUUGAGUCUGAUGAUAAAUAUAUAUUUUGAACCCUUUAAAAAACUCAUCACCAACCAUUAUCAGUCGCAAUUCUUUACACUCAAUUCUAAGAGAAAUAAACUUUUGGUUUGACUAGGCAUCAGAGGCAUACAUACCGCCGUAAUUGUUUGGACCAAAGCUGAUCGUAUCUUGUGACUCUUUUCCCGUAUUAUUUGGCAACCUCAUUAUUAUAAUUAUUUUCAAUUUCAAGCAUGAAAUUUAAGCUAGUAUUAUAGUGUUAUAUAUUUAAUUUUUGGAGUGGUAGCUCGAUUUUCGCAUGCGAGUUGUUACGCGACCGCCAUUUUGAAAACAUGCAGCAAGAUGAAGGAGUGUUCUAGCUGAAAUUAUUAUUGUUCUCAGUCACUGUCGCUGUCCUUUGUUUGUGUUUUUUCCCGAAGCUCUUAUUUGACUUAGUUAAAAUUAGCAAAAAUUUUGGCAACAUUUUGCUACAGCGAACAAAUUCGAUUGCUUACCUAAGCCAGUAAUUACCAUUUUAUUCCAUUUGCUGGUCAACUCUUUUAUAUUGUGUCUACUUCUAUUCUUAGUGUUUUUAAUCUAUUUAAUUUCGCAUAUGGACAAACGCUAGGCUGCUAGCCAGGGAGAGUGUAGGGAGCUCAAGUAUAACUUGAAUGCUUGCUGACUAAUAGAACAAAAGCACUAAUUGGUACUGAAAAUGUUGCAAAAGCUGAUAGUGAUGAAAGUAAGUGCUAAAUGAAAACGAAAAUUAAAUAGCAGAAAAACUAAAAACAAGCAACAGUUUAGGGUAGUAUGCAUGCACGAGAUAGUAGCUGUUAAUGUUAAGACGCAACUGAAAGGUUUUUUAAUAUUAGCAUAAAUCA